AUGUCCGGAGACCGGUAUAUGGACCGGGACACGGACACAGACCUGGAUACGGACCGGGACACGGACACAGACCUGGAUACGGACCGGGACACGGACCAGCGACCAACUGGGGAGGUGAGGACUGUGAAUGCAGUUACAGUGCGGAUAGUGACCACAGUGUUACAGUUUUACGGUUACCACCACUACCACCAUCGGCCGCCUUGGAAGUGGCCCCCCUUUACCCACCAGCGGCCUGUCUUACCAGCUCAGCCCAGGGUGCCUCCACAUCCCAGAGUACCAAUGGUGCCACCAAAGCUAAAGGUAGCCAAGCCUUGCACUACAAUGCCCAUUAGAGUACCCACUUUGGUCUUCACCACGGCAGUUCCCACAACAGUUCCCACAACAGUUUCCACCACGGUAUCCACUACGGUAGCAACCACGGUACCCACUACAGUAGCAACCACGGUACCCACUACGGUAGCAACCACGGUACCCACUACAGUAGCAACCACAGCACCCACUACAGCAGCAACCACAGCACCCACUACAGCAGCAACCACGGUACCCACUACGGUAGCAACCACGGUACCCACUACGGUCUCAACCACGGAACUCACUGUGGGACCCACCAUGGUUCCCACAAUGGUACCCACCCUACCCGUGACAGUUCCAACCCAGCCUCCCACCACCCCACUGCCGGUCAGUACCCCAAGUGGCACACCUUCCCCUGCUGCACCUUCCACUGAGCCAGCUCCAGCGGAGGUGUGCAAGAGCCGCCCGCUGGACCUGAUCUUUAUCAUCGACAGCUCACGCAGCGUCCGGCCUGCCGAGUUCGAGAAGGUCAAGGUCUUCCUUUCAGACAUGGUCGACUCUCUGGAGAUUGGACAGGAUGCCACGCGAGUCGGCUUGGUCAACUACGCCAGCACAGUCAACAUCGAGUUUCGCCUGAACACUUACCACAACAAGGCACAGCUCAAACAGGCCUUCUCUCGCAUCGACCCCCUUUCGACCGGCACUAUGACCGGCCUGGCCAUCAAAACGACCAUGGAGCAGGCCUUCACCGAGGGGUCCGGCGUCAGGCCCCAGAGCAAGAACAUCGGAAAAGUGGCCAUCAUCGUGACAGAUGGGCGACCCCAGGACAAGGUAGAGGAUGUUUCGGCCGCUGCGAGAGCCUCUGGUAUUGAGAUCUAUGCUGUCGGAGUGGACAGAGCAGAUAUGAAGUCUCUGAGGUUGAUGGCCAGCCAGCCGCUGGACGACCACGUCUUCUACGUGGAGACCUAUGGGGUCAUCGAGAAACUCACCUCCAAGUUCAGGGAGACUCUUUGUGGUUGGGAUGCAUGUGCCCUCGGACACGACUGUGAGCACAUUUGCGUGAACAGCAACGCCUCUUACUACUGCAAGUGCAGGGUGGGCUACGUCCUUAACCCGGACAAGAAAACAUGCUCACAAUCCAACGGUUGGGAUGCAUGUGCCCUCGGACACGACUGUGAGCACAUUUGCGUGAACAGCAACGCCUCUUACUACUGCAAGUGCAGGGUGGGCUACGUCCUUAACCCGGACAAGAAAACAUGCUCACAAUCCAACGAGGAGGCACGCAGCGAUGUGUCGGAGGACGCCUGCAUGUGCGAAGCUCAGAUCGCCUUCCAGAAGAAGGUCCACCACAAUAUAAAGGAGAUAACCAGCAAACUGGAUGAUCUCACGAGAAGAGUUCAGCAAUUCCGUCUUCGCUGAGUCCAGAACAGGAGCGGACCGCAGAUGACACCUUUCACCAGUUUGAACCUGCUUACAUGCCAACAAAAUUUCUCCACACCACACAGCAGUCUUUCUGUUAGUUAAGCCUAUUAGAGGGCCCUUUGUUUACCUGCAUAUGUGUUUCAUAUAAACUGUGUUCAUUAUAUCAACACAAAGUGGCCAGUAGCUUAUUUUAUUUUUAUAUGAGGUAGCUUGUAUAGUGUAGCCGACUCUUCUCAGUGUUUGAGAAUGAUUUAUACUCUGUUAUCAGAAAAACAGAAGUUGUUCCUGUAACCGUUUGGACCUUAUUUUACUGCAGUAUAUCAAUGCGGUGCUUGGACUUUUAUUUUGUAAAAG